ACUUAUUAUCACGUGAAUUCUGUGGGUGGCGGUCGUUUUGCUGAUUUUUAGCACAGAAAAGACAGCUCGCUGUUUUUAAAUAGCACAAAAAGCACACUUGUGUCGUUCCAACCAACCAGAGCCGCUAAAACCCAUCAAGAUGAUGUCCGAAUACUGGAUUAUCUCGGCGCCGGGCGACAAGACCUGCCAGCAGACGUACGACACCAUGAACAACCUGACCAGCAAGCAACACAAUCUGUGCAAUAACUACAAGUUCCAUAUACCAGACCUAAAGGUCGGCACCCUGGACCAACUGGUGGGCCUGUCCGAUGAUCUGGGCAAGCUGGACACUUAUGUGGAGCAGAUCACCCGCAAGGUGGCCAACUAUUUGGGCGAGGUGCUGGAGGAUCAGCGGGAUAAGCUCCACGAGAACCUGAUGGCCAACAACACCGAACUGCCGCAGUACUUGACCCGCUUCCAAUGGGACAUGGCCAAGUACCCGAUCAAGCAGUCGUUGCGCAACAUCGCCGACAUCAUCUCCAAGCAGAUUGGCCAGAUCGAUGGAGAUCUGAAGACCAAGUCGCAGGCCUACAAUAACCUAAAGGGAAAUCUGCAGAACCUGGAAAAGAAGAAGACUGGCAGCUUGCUGACCAGGAAUCUGGCUGAUUUGGUCAAGAAGGAGCACUUCAUCCUGGACUCUGAGUACCUGACCACUCUGCUGGUCAUCGUGCCCAAGGUUAUGGCCAACGACUGGCUGACCAACUACGAGAAGAUCACGGACAUGAUCGUGCCCCGCUCCACGCAGCUCAUCCAGGAGGACAGCGACUACUGUCUGUUCAAUGUGACGCUCUUCAAGAAGGUGGCUGAGGAAUUCAAGCUCCAUGCCCGUGAGCGCAAGUUCAUUGUACGCGACUUUGUCUACAACGAGGAGGAGCUGGCCGCCGGCAAGAACGAGAUGACCAAGCUGAUGACGGACAAGAAGAAGCAGUUUGGUCCCCUGGUGCGCUGGCUGAAGGUGAACUUCAGUGAGGCCUUCUGCGCCUUGAUCCACGUGAAGGCUCUGCGCGUUUUCGUGGAAUCUGUGCUAAGAUACGGCCUGCCCGUUAACUUCCAGGCCAUCUUGAUCGAGCCCAACAAGAAGAGUGUGAAGCGUCUGCGUGAUGUGCUCAACCAGCUCUACGGCCAUUUGGAUGGCGCCUCCGCCGGCGGUCAAGUCAGCAGUGCUGAUAACGUGGAUAUCCCCGGCCUGGGCUUCGGUCAGUCCGAAUACUAUCCCUAUGUGUUCUACAAGGUCAAUAUCGACAUGGUGGAGCAGGCCAAGAUCUAAAGCCCCCAACAUUGCAUAAGCAUCCUAGCAUCCAGCCACACAAAAUAUACUUUACUCUACAGAGAAACCAACUUAAAAUCAGCUGAACCAUUCGCAGACAUCAAAUGAAACAAAAUUAAUAGAAUACUUUAAAUAAUUUUAGUCAUUGUUAUCUAAUUAUUGUUGUUAUUUUUGUUGCGCGUUGCCGUUAAAUUCUGUCAACCGUACCAAGUCAUGAAAAAACGUUUGCAAUUAUUCCCCGAUUGUGCUUUGUCCCUCUUCAGUUUGCUAAACAGUAUUUUAUGUUUGUUCUUAAUGGCUUUCGAUGAAUGAUGAACAGAAUGUUUAACCCGUAGCCAAAUUUACACACAUUUUAAACACACACACACACAUUGUCUUGUCGCUGAAGCCGCCUCGGCUUUGAUUCUCCAUUUUUGUUUGUUUUUUGGUAGCUAUACAAAUAAACAUUUGAGUUACACUUCGUUUUAAAAUGAA